UCAGAGCAGGGGUCUGUACUCCUUAGCUGUAGUGCAUUUGUAGGGGAUUUGCGAAAACGCAUUUUAAUCAAUGAAACUUUAAUAUAAGAUAUUCUAGGGGCACUCGUUCUUAGUUACUUAUGUGAUCACAACUUAACUGUAAGAGUCGUUUGGGGAUUGUAACGUCACUUUAUAUUAUACUUUGUAACAAUUGUAGGCCUACAUUUUUGUACUUUAUAGGCUAUUGUACUUUUGUAAUAUAACUUUAUAUUGUACUUUGAUACUAAAAGCCGAGCCUUCUUGACGCUUGAACCGUGAUCGUUACGGUAACCAUGCCCUUCGUCACUAUUUUAUUACUAUAAAUAAUAACAGUGACAACAUAAGGAUUUAUAAAGCUAAAAAUUAGGUAUACUAUUACGACCGUUAUUGUUAAACGAUCACUUAACUUCCUUUAGUGACGCCUCUUUAAUUUCAGAACUACACUUUUUACUACAUAAUGUCAAUUUGAACUUUAUAAAAUCAACUACACUAAAGACACGAGAGAUGCACGCAAACUGAGUGAGUGGUUGUUGUAGCUGGAACUUCCGCACGGCAGCACUGUGUGCCACCCGGACCAUAUUGACUGCGGUAAUGAACAUGGUUUCACGUGUUGGAGUAGAUCGGAUGCUUAUUUGUAGUGUAUUUACUUAUUGUGUUUUAAUAAAAGAGAAAACUGCAAGCAAGGGCACUUGAAUUAUGACAGACACAACGAAAGCUGAAGAUGAUGAGCGACCGCUCCCUGCUAAUUGGAUCUUACAGCACCCAAAGUAUCAAGAAAUGAUGAAUUUGGAGAUUGGAGACGAGAGUCAGAUUUACGCGGCAUUCUUAGUUUACCUUGAUCUUCUAGAAGUCCGUCAGUGGCAGGACGUGUGCAGCAGAGGCAGUCCUGAGCUGCAGCUGGUGCUGCUGGAGGGCCGGGAGAAGGAGGGGGACCCGCUGCAGGUCAUCCUCCCGCUGCCCGGAAACAGGACUCUCAGCCACAGAUGGGUGCGCUCAGUGCUGAAUGGUGGUGACUCCAUGCUCUUGUGCGCUGUGGCCUCAGAUUCCAGCUUGGUAUACCAGAGAUUAUGUGAGGGCCUCCUGACUCCGGACCCCCCCAUCGACAUCCAGGACAAGGGUCGGAGCCAGCACCGCAAGCGCAGGCUGCGCUGAGGGCCACAGGCCUGUUCUUUUUAUAUUAUAAUUAUUAAUUAUAAUUAAUGACGAUCUGUGGUCUGGUUGUAGUGAUGCUGUCCGUACAGAAGGGGGCAGUAACAGCCUGGCGCUGACAUGUCAUGUUAGGCUCAGGGCAGAGAAAGGACAGGUAAACACGACAGAUAUGGCAGUGAGCAGGAUUAACAGGACACAGGGCUGAUGCCUGUCCCGACAGUCACAUGAUCAAGGUCACAAGGUCAAAGUGUUUUUUUUUAUUUUCAUAAAAAAAAAAAAAAUUGAGUAAAGUAUAAAGGCAGUAAGAGGCUGGGACUGUGUCUCUGCUGGACUGUGUCUCGAACCCUGGGAGUGUGCUUCUGCGGGACAGGAAGAAGUGAAGGUCAGUCUGGACCAUCUGCCUCCCUCCAAGGGGGAACUGGAGGAUGCUGAUGCCACAGCGAUAGGCUGGCGCUAGGGGCUGGGUUUUUGCAUGUGUAAUGGAAUUCUGGGAAAUGUGACUCAGUGCGCAUGGCGUGCUGUGUGUGAAAUCCCUGGAAGCCCCCUGCAUGUGUAAAUAUUUGGUGCACCUGUGUAUUAAAAAAAAACUAACUACUUA